CUGGCGUGCUGAGCGCCUGGGCUCUAGGGCUGAAGAAACACCGGGAGCGGGGCGUCGCGUCCUUUGUGCCCGGAACCGUGGGGAUGUGUCCGCGCUAAGGAGCCAGCUCCAGUAUGGGAGCCGGAUCUGUGUGGGCCUCAGGCCUCCUGCUGCUGUGGCUGCUUCUCCUAGUGGCUGGGGAUCAGGACACACAGGACUCCACCGCCACGGAAAAGGGGCUUCGCAUGCUGAAGUCGGGGUCAGGACCCGUCCGUGCUGCCCUGGCAGAGCUAGUGGCCCUGCCCUGCUUCUUUACCCUGCAACCACGGCUAAGCACCCUGCGAGACAUUCCUCGGAUCAAGUGGACUAAGGUUCAGACUGCAUCAGGCCAGCGACAGGAUUUGCCAAUCUUGGUGGCCAAAGACAACGUGGUGCGUGUGGCCAAGGGCUGGCAGGGACGGGUGUCAUUGCCUGCUUACCCCCGGCACAGAGCCAAUGCUACCCUUCUGCUGGGGCCACUUCGAGCAAGCGACUCUGGGCUGUAUCGCUGCCAAGUGGUAAAGGGUAUCGAAGAUGAGCAGGACCUGGUAACCCUGGAAGUGACAGGCGUCGUGUUCCAUUAUCGGGCGGCCCGGGACCGCUAUGCGCUGACCUUCGCUGAGGCCCAGGAGGCUUGUCGCCUGAGCUCUGCUACCAUCGCUGCCCCACGGCACCUGCAGGCUGCCUUUGAAGAUGGCUUUGACAACUGCGACGCGGGUUGGCUCUCAGACCGCACGGUUCGGUACCCGAUCACUCAGUCGCGUCCUGGUUGCUAUGGUGACCGCAGCAGUCUCCCCGGUGUUCGGAGCUAUGGGAGACGGGACCCGCAGGAACUCUACGAUGUCUACUGCUUUGCCCGCGAGCUAGGGGGUGAAGUCUUUUACGUGGGCCCGGCCCGCCGACUGACCCUGGCGGGCGCGCGGGCACAGUGUCAGCGGCAGGGUGCAGCGCUGGCCUCGGUGGGGCAGUUGCACCUGGCCUGGCACGAGGGCCUGGACCAGUGCGACCCGGGCUGGUUGGCAGACGGCAGCGUGCGCUACCCCAUCCAGACUCCGCGCCGGCGUUGCGGGGGCCCCGCCCCAGGUGUGCGCACUGUGUACCGCUUCGCCAACCGCACCGGCUUUCCUGCGCCAGGAGCACGCUUCGACGCCUACUGCUUCCGAGCUCAUCACCAUACAGCACACCAUGGAGAUUCUGAGAUCCCCUCAUCUGGAGAUGAGGGGGAGAUUGUGUCAGCAGAGGGGCCUCCAGGCCGAGAACUAAAGCCCAGCUUGGGGGAACAGGAGGUGAUAGCACCUGACUUCCAGGAACCUCUCAUGUCCAGUGGAGAAGGCGAAGCCCCAGACUUGACUUGGACACAAGCACCUGAGGAGACCCUUGGCUCUACCCCAGGGGGUCCCACGCUGGCUUCAUGGCCCUCUUCGGAAAAGUGGCUCCUUACAGGUGCCCCAAGCUCCAUGGGUGUCUCCAGCCCCAGUGACAUGGGAGUAGAUAUGGAAGCAACAACACCCUUGGGCACACAGGUAGCGCCCACCCCCACAAUGAGGAGGGGCCGCUUUAAAGGGUUGAAUGGUCGACACUUCCAGCAGCAGGGCCCAGAAGACCAGCUGCCUGAGGCAGCAGAGCCCAGUGCCCAGCCUCCCACCCUGGGAGUUACUGCCAACCACAUGGGGCCUUCUGCAGCUACAGAGGCUUUGGAGAGUGACCAGAGCCACAGUCCUUGGGCCAUUCUGACCAACGAAGUGGAUGAGCCAGGAGCAGGCUCUCUUGGCAGCAGGAGUCUCCCAGAGUCCCUGAUGUGGUCCCCAUCGUUGAUCUCAUCCAGUGUCCCAAGCACCGACAGUACUCCUAGCCCGAAGCCAGGGGCAGCCGAGGCACCCAGUGUGAAGUCAGCCGUCCCCCACCUGCCCUGGCUGCCCUCAGAGCCCCCUGCUCCCUCUCCCGGGCCCUCAGAAGCCCUAAGUGCUGUUUCCCUCCAGGCGUCCUCUGCUGAUGGUUCCCCUGACUUCCCCAUUGUAGCCAUGCUUCGAGCCCCCAAACUGUGGCUUCUGCCACGCUCUACACUUGUCCCCAAUAUGACCCCAAUCCCACUGUCCCCAGCUUCUCCACUUCCCUCCUGGGUCCCAGAAGAACAAGCUGUCAGGCCUGUCAGCCUUGGAGCGGAAGACCUCGAAACCCCAUUUCAGACCACCAUGGCUGCCCCAGUCGAAGCCAGCCACAGAUCCCCUGAUGCAAAUUCUAUAGAAAUCGAGGGGACCAGCUCCAUGCAGGCUACAAAGCACCCCAUCUCUGGCCCAUGGGCUUCUUUGGACUCUAGUAAUGUGACAUUGAAUCCUGUCCCUUCUGAUGCUGGCAUCCUAGGGACUGAGUCUGGGGUCUUGGACUUACCAGGGAGUCCCACAUCAGGCGGAAAGGCCACUGUGGAGAAGGUGCUGGCCACCUGGCUACCACAGCCUGGCCAAGGACUAGACCCUGGCUCCCAGUCCACACCCAUGGAAGCCCAUGGGGUUGCCAUGAGCAUGGAACCUACAGUGGCUUUGGAGGGAGGUGCCACCGAGGGCCCUAUGGAGGCCACUAGGGAGGUGGUCCCCAGCACUGCUGAUGCCACUUGGGGGUCUGAAUCCAGAAGUUCCAUUUCUAGCACCCACAUAGCUGUGACCAUGGCUGGGGCCCAGGUCAUGCCCACACUGACCUCUACAAGCUCCGAAGGCCACCCAGAGGCUAUGGGCCAGAUGGUGGCCCAGGAGUUAUUGGAGCCUCUCAACAGUCUGCCUUCACACCCCUGGUCAUCCCUGGUGGCCCCCAUGGAUGAAGUGGCCUCAGUUUCCUCAGGGGAACCCACAGGACUGUGGGACAUACCCAGCACUCUGAUACCUAUAUCCUUGGGCUUGGAUGAAUCCGACCUGAAUGUUGUGGCUGAGAGUCCAAGCGUGGAGGGCUUCUGGGAAGAGGUGGCCAGCGGGCAGGAAGACCCCACAGAUCCCUGCGAGAACAACCCCUGCCUGCAUGGGGGCACCUGCCACACCAACGGCACCAUGUAUGGCUGUAGUUGUGACCAGGGCUAUGCUGGGGAGAAUUGUGAAAUUGACAUUGAUGACUGCUUAUGCAGCCCUUGCGAGAAUGGGGGCACCUGCAUCGACGAGGUGAAUGGUUUCAUCUGCCUCUGCCUCCCCAGCUAUGGGGGCAGCCUGUGUGAGAAGGACACAGAAGGCUGCGACCGUGGCUGGCACAAAUUCCAGGGACACUGCUACCGGUACUUUGCCCAUCGCCGGGCCUGGGAGGAUGCAGAGAGAGAUUGCAGGCGCCGAGCUGGUCACCUGACAAGCGUCCAUUCGCCAGAAGAGCACAAGUUCAUUAACAGUUUUGGACAUGAGAAUUCGUGGAUCGGCCUGAAUGACCGGACGGUAGAGAGGGACUUCCAGUGGACAGACAAUACAGGACUGCAAUAUGAGAACUGGAGGGAGAAGCAGCCGGAUAAUUUCUUCGCAGGUGGGGAGGAUUGUGUGGUGAUGGUGGCACAUGAGAGUGGGCGCUGGAAUGAUGUCCCCUGCAACUACAACCUCCCCUAUGUCUGCAAGAAGGGUACAGUGCUGUGUGGUCCCCCUCCAGCAGUGGAGAAUGCCUCUCUUGUUGGUGUGCGCAAGAUCAAGUAUAAUGUCCAUGCCACUGUGCGAUACCAGUGUGAUGAAGGAUUCUCCCAGCACCGUGUGGCCACUAUCCGCUGCCGUAACAACGGGAAGUGGGACCGGCCUCAGAUCAUGUGCAUCAAACCCAGGCGGUCACAUCGGAUGCGUCGACACCACCACCACCCACACCGACAUCACAAGCCUCGCAAGGAGCACAGAAAACACAAGAGACACCCAGUGGGAGACUGGGAGAAAGACGAAGGGGAUUUCUGCUAAAGACCCAGACUAACCAAGCACAAGCCCACACCUUCUCCAGCGCGUUUCCUUGGAGACCCAGAACCCAGCAUCCACCAGAGAGGGUGGGGACACUGCAGAGCCCCACACCCCUGUGGUAGGUCCUCUGUUACUGAGGUCCUCCUGGCAGGGGUGGCUGAGCCUGAGAGGCCACGCUGGUCUGGCUGAGCCUCUAGGGUCACUUCCCAGCCAUUAAAGGGGGUCCUGAAGUUUGCAUCCACAAGGGGCAACAGUAUGUCUGUGUGUGCUGGGGAGUGGCUUUCGCACCAGAGAUUCAGGCUUAGGAGAUGGUGGGCCAUCCUGAAUCUAUGGUGAAGGUUUGGCUAAAGUCACUGUAUUUGAGUGGAGGAUCAGCAGAGCAAACAUGAUGGCCUGCCAUCUCCUGGGAUCCCCCAAGGGUGGCUUCCACUCCUCUGGUUUUCUUUUUCCCCUUUCUUCUUCCUCCCUCCCAAUUCCAACACCUCCAACCCCCAAACUAGGCUGGCCUUGAACUCACUAUUGUAGAAAGAUGUCCUUGAAGUCUCAAUCCUCUUGCCUCUGCGCCACCAUGCCUACCUGGUUUAUUUGGUGCUGGACAUGGCACCUAGUACUGAGCAGGGCUCUCUCUGCUAACCAGCCCUAGUCUUUGGUCUUGGUGCAGACCACUAAAUCUAGUGUGGAACUCUUAUAUACUGAAUGUUAGUGAUGUCUCUUAGAGCCACUGGCCUCCUUGGCUUCCUAGGGGAGGUCACUCCGAGCGAUGGGGGUGGGGAGGGUCAGUGUCUUGCUAACUCCCCAGGUCUAGUGCAGUGCUAAGAUCUGGUGGUUCAGUUUUGGGUUGUUUUUGUUUUGAGACAGGGCCUCAGUGUGCGGCCCUGGCUGGCCUGGAACUUGCUAUCUAGACCAGGCUAACCUGGAACUCAGCGAACUGUCUGCCCAGUUUUAUUGGUUUUAUUGACGUAAGAUCUCCGGAGCCUAGGCUGGGUUUCAGGCCACAGCAAUCAUCCUUUCUCAGCCACCUGAAGGUGACAGGCAUACGCCAUUGUGUGUGGCAGUUUCGUGGCUUUGUGAGUGAUGACAAACCUCCCACACCCGUGUGCACAGAAGUGAGAUCAGUGGAGUACAAUGUGCUGGAUGCUGCUGUAUCCUCCCCCUCCAUCUCUCAGGGAGACAGACAACCUUCUGCCUGAACCAAGAUGGUGCCAUGUUUUCUAACCCAGAGCCUGUCUUUUCAUCAGACCUCAAUAAAUCUCCUGCCUCAGAUUCCAUCCCUGCCCCACCCCACUUCUGUUUCCAUAUCCUGCCUGAUGGACUUUAUGCUUACAGUGUUCAUGGUCCUAUGGUAGAAAGAAGAAUUCUCUUAGAAUCAACACACACAUACAUACAUACACACACAUGCAUGUACACACACUAACACACCUUCU